UAAGCCCGUUGCCGAAUUCAACGUUCUUAAUGUCACAAAAAGAAGUUCAGUCGUUUUAGUUUUUUCGGAAUCAAAGCAAAUUUGGGAAUUUUAAAGAAAUAAACAUCAGCUACUUUCUAUAAAAAAUUUACACCGAUUUCGUUUAUGAAUAGUUUAAAAAGUCCUUUGAUUUCAUCUGUACUAAUCAAACUUAAUAAUUAAAAAAAUUUGGGUUCUUGAUACACCAAGUUAUGUUACUUUUAUUAAAAGCAGAUGACAGAGGAAAACUUUGAACUUUCUUAAAUCUGUUACAAAAAUUUGUGCUUCUUUUUUUUUUUUCAAGUGCUCAUUAAUGGAAUUGAAAGGAACAUGAUUUGUUUAUCUUGAAAAAUCUAUAAUCUUUCUACACCUGCUAAAGUUUUUCAUGGCAGCCAAAAAGGUAUCUGAAGAAAGCACUGGAGUUACCCCUCCUCACUCACCAAUGGAAAUACGAGUUUCCAUUGUGAUGCGGCAAUUACGAGGUUUCAGAAGAAAUGAAUUUAAAUUUGUUGAGUUCUGAAAUGUUGGAUAGAUCUUCCCCUGAGCUAUGGCCAGAACAAAUUCCUGGAGUUUCAAAAUUUGCAUCACUUGCUAUGAUACAGAGUGAUUCUAAGGCUACCAAUCAACCAGAAUGGCUAAAAGAGUUUGACCAUGAAGACAUCAGUGUUUUGCAUGGUUUUGGUAGUUUAACUGCUGCUGCUUUAUUGGAAAAAGUUCGAGACUUACAGAAUUUAGCUUAUCAAUUAGGUUUAGAAGAAGCAAAAGAAAUGACCCGGGGAAGAUUUUUGGGCAUACUACCAAAAAAGAAGGAUAUUCGACAGUAGUUUAUCAUUUGUUGCAUUGCUUUGGCAAUUUAUAUUUAUUAUAUUCAUGUAUUAAAAUGCUUUCCUUUUUUUUUAAUGUUA